AUGGUGCUGGACCUGGACACUUCCCGCCCGCCACUGGAGUAUGUUAAGGGGGUCCCGUUCAUCAAGUACAUUGCAAAGGGGCUGGGGUCGCUGGAGAGCUUCCAGGCCCGGCCUGAUGACCUGCUGAUCAGCACCUACCCACAGUCAGGCGCCACUUGGAUCAGCCACAUACUGGACAUGAUCUACCAGGGCGGUGACAUAGAGAAGUGUAACAGGGACCCCAUCUUCACUCGGACAGGACUGAGACUCCAGCUCACUAGACCUUUCCCAAAAUGUGGUUCGGGUACAGAGACUCUGCAAGAUAAACCGGCCCCACGUCUCAUCAAGACACGCCUGCCCCUGGCCCUGCUGCCUCAGACUGUUUUGGAACAGAAGGUCAAGGUAGUCUAUGUUGCCCGCAAUGCCAAGGAUGUGGCCGUCUCCUACUACCAUUUCUACCGUAUGGCCAAGCUAUAUCCUGAGCCUGGCACCUGGGACCACUUCCUGGAGAAGUUCAUGGCAGGAGAAGUGUCUCAUGGAUCCUGGUACCAGCAUGUGAGGGAAUGGUGGGAGCUGAGUCACAACCACCCUGUCCUCUACCUCUUCUAUGAGGACAUGAAGGAGAACCCCAAAAGAGAGAUUCUGAAGGUCUUGGAGUUUGUGGGGCGCUCCCUGCCAGAGGAAACUGUGGGCCACAUCGUCCAGCACACUUCGUUCGAGGAGAUGGAGAAGUCCAUGUGCAAAUACAGCUCCAUUCCCCUCGAAGUCAUGGACCACAAGAACUCCCCUUUCAUGUGGAAAGGUAUCACCAGAGACUGGAAAACCACCUUCACUGUGGCCUAG